AUGUGCAAAACAACACUCACGCACUUCAACUGUCUAUGCACAGCUCUCGUAGUACACUCCUGUGCCCUCAAUUUUCCACUCGGUCGUAUGGUUUGUGGCCCACCUAAUCUCAUCAAGAAAGAUAUAUAUGUCUAUUCAGACUGCGAUGAUUGUUUGCUCGGCGCUCCUGUAAGAGAGGAGAAGCGAAACAGACUCGCGAAGAAGGCGAGUGAGAGAUGGAUGGAAAUUGUGGAAGAUGUUCUUGACGAUGGAGAUGAAGAUGUCGAGGGAGUAGAGGAAAUUAGAUUGGAGUGUGAGGAUGAGAGAACUGGGGACGAAGGAGAGGGUGAAGUUUAUGAUAGGGGUAAGGAUUGUGAAAGAGAUAUGGAGGAGGAAUGGGAAAUUUUGAUUGAUAGACAGAAGAACAAGGAUGGGUAUCAGGAGGAAAGCGAAGACGAUGAAGCGCAAUUGUUAGCUGCUCAAGGGUCAAUCCAAUCUGAGCUCGAAAAUCCAGAAGACGACCCAGAUGAAAAUGAUGAUUUGGCGGCUGCUGCACAACUACUGUCAGCGCUUAAACAAGAACUCGGGAAGGAUGAUAUGGUUUCGCAAGACGUAGAUAUUGACGAGAGUGAGGAGGGCAAGGAAGAUGGGGAUAAUAACGAACAUCAGGGACAUGUAGAGACGAUUCUGGAGAGCUUGGGGAAGCUGAGAGAUAGGAGUGAAAGAGUGGAGGUUGAUUCUACAGAUGCGGGGCGAAACGACUGGGGAUUGUAG